UUGUCACAUUUAGUCCUCAUUAUUUGGUGUUCUUAGAACCACUCUUCAGCCUCCUUCCCUUCACAGAUCCUUAAGCUCACAAAGGUUAACAGAUUUUUCUCACAUAGCCAGUGAGUGGCAGAGGAGGCUUCAGACUGAACCGUUUUUGCUCCAAAGUGGAGUUCUUUUCAUCAGACACUUCCUUUGUCUAGGCUAUUGGCUGGAAUUGUUCUUCAGCCAAACCCUAACCCCAGAACAGCUGCUUCCUCAAUUUCUCCCCUUGAGAACUCUCCAUUUGGGUUCCGUUUUCGAGCACAGUGUGCUCUACUUUGCUUCUGCAUUGAUCACAUCAGAAAUGAAAUACAGCAGACAUUUUUUGAGUGGUGCAGGGGGAUGAAUACUUGGAGUCAAGAGCCUUGGGUUCUUGUCCUGGCUCUGCCACUAUUGGCCGUGGAUCCUUGAGCAAGUCCCCUGUCUUUUCAGUGCUUUAGCUUUCCUUUGAAUAAAAAUGGGUAAGUGCCUUCUGACUCUCAGGCUCUUGUCCAGUUCUUCCUUCCUGUCCUCCAGCAGGCUCUCCGUGGAGGCCCGGACCCCUCUCCUCCCCAUGGGCAGCUGCCAGGCAGGGCACAACCUGCAUCUCUGUCUCGCCCACCACCCACCUCUGGUCUGUGCCACUUUGAUCCUGCUGCUUCUUGGCCUUUCAGGCCUGGGCCUUGGCAGCUUCCUCCUCACCCACAGGACUGGCCUGCGCAGCCCUGACAUCCCUCAGGACUGGGUCUCUUUCCUGAGGUCUUUUGGCCAGCUGACCCUGUGCCCCGUGAAUGGGACAGCCGCACGGAAGUCGCGUGGAUCUCACAUUGUAGGCUUACUGACCACCUUGAACUUCGGAGAUGGUCCAGACAGGAACAAGACCCAGACAUUCGAAACCCAGGUCCUGGGUAGUCAUAUUGGAUUGAAAGGAACCUCUGCAACAGAGCUGGUCCUCAUUACAGCCAGGGUGACCGCAGAGAGGACCCCAGGAACCUGCCUGUAUUUUAGUGCUGCCCCAGGAAUCCUGCCCGCCAGCCAGCCCCCCAUAUCCUGCUCAGAGGAGGGAGCAGGAAAUGCCACCUUGAAUUCUAGGAUGGCUGAGGAGUGUGUCAGGGUCUGGAGCCACGAAGGCCUUGUGCUCACCAAGCUGCUCACGUCGGAGGAGCUGGCUCUGUGUGGCUCCAGACUGUUUGUUUUGGGCUCCUUCCUGCUUCUCUUCUGUGGCCUUCUCUGCUGUCUCACUGCUGUGUGCUUUCACCCGCGCCGGGAAUCCCACUGGUCUAGAACCCGGCUCUGAGGGCGCUGGCCUAGUUCCCAACUUGUUCUCAGGUGUGAAUCAACUUCUCUGGCCUUUGUUCUGAGUUCGAAGAGAUGUUACAAAAAAUGGAGAGCUGGAAAGUGGGGGGAAAUAAAAGGCUUUUUUGCCCAAUGUC